AGCGUAAUCUUUGGUGUAGUUCGACUCCUAACAGGACAUCAUUUCUCCCUACCAUCGACUCAUUCUCCACCACCUGCUUCCCCAAAGCCCGAUAGGGGACGUCAAUCCUAGCCCUAGAAUCGUACGAAGCUUUAGCCAUGGCGAUUAAGCAACUUCUAACCCUAGCUCGCAGGUCUCAUAAGCCAUCAUCAUUAUCUACUCGCUCUUUCCUGCAAUCCGUUCGAUCUGCCUCCAAUUCUCCGGCGGUUGUAACUUCACCAUCACCACCAUCUUCUCCACCUCCUCCAUCUCCUCCAUCUCCUCCACCUCCCAAUGUCAUGAUCUACGAUAGACUUGCAGAAGCAGUUAAAUCAAAGCUCAAGCGAUUACAGAAUCCGGAUCCUCGAUUUCUCCAGCACGCUUCACCUCACCCUGUGCUUGUAGAUCACACGAAGAUCCUAUCGGCCCCUGAAACUAGCGUUACGACUCUACCCAGUGGUCUCCGUGUUGCAACGGAGUCGAACCUAGCGUCUCAGACAGCCACAGUUGGUGUCUGGAUCGAUGCGGGGAGUAGGUUUGAGACCGAUGAGACGAACGGUACUGCUCAUUUCCUUGAACAUAUGAUCUUCAAAGGUACGGAGAAAAGGUCUGUCAGAGUUUUGGAGGAAGAAAUCGAGAACAUGGGAGGGCACUUGAAUGCAUAUACCUCAAGAGAACAGACCACAUAUUACGCAAAGGUCAUGGCGAACGAUGUGCCGAAGGCACUUGACAUUCUCGCUGAUAUAUUACAAAAUUCGAGCUUUAGCGAGCAGCGGAUCAACCGCGAACGGGACGUCAUUCUUCGAGAGAUGGAAGAGGUGCGGCAUUAUAUCUCUCCCCCCC